AUGAUUAAAGUUCUUUAACUGUGUUUUAAGCAAUUUAAUUAAAUCUGUUAUUAUUAAUGAAAUUAAAUACACUAAAAUUAAAUUAAGUACGUGAGUUAAUAAGUGAACAUAGUAGAUAUUGGACAACACAAUUAUAAACAGGAAUUUCUACAAAAUGGACAGACUAACCCCCGGAAUCUCCAAAGAACGCUUUUUUAAUGUUUUCCACGAGCUAUCCUUUGAUAUAGAAGCCCAACAAGCAAAUUGCUACUCAACAAUGAAUAGCCCACCACAACUUGCAUGUCAAGAUUGGAGCGAGUCCUCAAUAUCAAAAUCAGCUUUUACUAGAUAUUCAGCAAGUGAUCAAACAUGUGCCACACUAACUACUAAAUCACCAACCGAUGUAUCAUUAUAUCAAUUACCAGUCACGAGUUCAAGGGAUGUUACCGUUUAUCAGUCUUCAGUUAUCAGAACAAAUAAUGUAGCACAUACUUCAACUACUAGAUCAAGUUAUCGUGAUUCAUCUCGACCUUCAGAUUUUUGUUCCUCAAAUUCAUCAUAUCAAGAUAGCGAAUCAGACCGCUAUAGAUCGUGGAAUGAAGUGCCGUUUUACCGAAAUCCAAUUACCACAUCACAAAAUGAAUGUCCAUGUUCAAAUUUAUGUUGUGUUCCAACAUAUGACAGAUAUGAUUAUGAAUCUUCAUAUGUAAGAUACAAGGAUUAUCCCAUUAGACGUGACUCGUUUGUAAGAUACGAAACGCCACUAGCUGAUUCAGCGUUCUCGAUUUACAAAUCAAAAAGUUACGAUCGGUAUCCUAAGAGACCAGUCCCCAGAUAUCCGGUAAAUUACAGCCAGUAUUCUUCAUCAUGCGAAAGCGAAGAAGUAUACGCUCGUCCGCAUGGAAACAGAAGGUACGAACCUUAUCUGUGCUACGAGCCUCUGAGCAUGCGUCUUGGACCAAAAGUUGACAAUUUGCCUCCAAAACAGUUCAAAAAGCUGCCGUUCUACGACUUCAUAAGUGAGCUGAUGAGACCGAAGAGAUUGGAAGAUUUUUCAGGGUUCUAUCAAGAAAACGAGUUCCGUUUUAAGCUAAAUGAUAGGGAAUUCAAUACCUUCAGCAGGACUGAGCAUCAGGUCAACGGAAAGUGGAAGUACAAGAACCAGGUGCUGGUCAGGUUUGCGCUGGAUAAAAAUACUGAGCUAGAAGACAAAUUGCCGCCGGGUUUAUCUAUUUCAGUGAACGAAGACGUGGUGCUUGCGAACAAAUUUGUUGAUGAGGACUCUAAAGUCCAGAAACAGGGACCUAUUGAUAUCAGCUUUUCAGUAAAGCUCAAGCCUUACAAAACUAAUAAGAUAGUGAUCGGCUGGACUGAAGAAAGGAAAAGGAACCAUAAAUAUGUUGUAGGAAUUUAUUUAGCGCGAAAAAAUACCUGCUCUGAUCUGCUCAACCGGAUCCAGGUUUUGAAUCGCAAGGAUUACGAUUUUGCGAAAAAUGUUGUCAUGGAUAAGCUCAGCGGAGAUAGGGCAGAAAUCGCGAUGACUGAUUUGUGCGUAUCGCUGGUUUGUCCUCUGGGAAUGAUGAGGAUGAGCACGCCUUGUCGUGGUUCUCAGUGCGUGCAUUUGCAGUGCUUCGAUUUGUUGAUGUUUUUGCAGAUGAACGAAUAUAAAUCGGCUUGGAAUUGCCCGAUCUGUAACGAACCUACUUCCUUUGAGGAUAUUGUCAUUGACGGGUACUUUGAUGACAUUUUGAAGUCCAGUAAGCUCAAGCCGGAAACCAAUGAGGUUAAGCUCAGAAGAGAUGGAUCCUGGGAUAAUUUUGUACCGCGAGCAAAGUUGAUCAAGAGGAAGGAAAAGUCUAGAGAGGAAGUUAUUGAUGUUGAAUCAGAUGAUUCUUCCGACGAUGUUUCGCUGAUUGAUUUGGUUUCUGAUGAAGAAGGUGAAGGAAUCGGUGGAAGGAUUUUUUUUAAACAGGAACCUAAUGAUCUGGAAGUUAAUUAUGGUCAACACUCGCCAUAUUUUUGUAUUAUUGAUCAGACUGUGCCUUAUGAUAGCAAUUAUUAUUUUUAAGAAAU